CACUUUACACCGAAGCUCUACGUUUGCUGAAUUCUUCAUGGUAUAAAAUGACUGUGCUUAGAAACGUUCUUGUCAACAUUUUUCUCGUUGCUCUUUUUAGCCAGCUCAUUUCCUCAACUGCAGCGAAGGUGAUCUUAAAUAGUGAUCUCGGCAUUACACUCCAUAAUGGAUGCAGCAUCAGCGAAGAUCGUGGUACAAUCACGUGCAACAUGACGUUUGUCGAUCAUCCGAUAACAAUGGAUUUGAAGGUCAAUAAGUACGAUGACCCAGUCAGUAUAACAGCCUCAAUGGACGUACCUGAUCUGCAAAUCUCAUGGUCACAUACUUUCUCCUUCAGCGACACCCAGGAAGUCUCCGGUCGUAACUCAUCGGGUGUGUAUGUUCAAGUGCAACUCACUCAAAAGAGCGAUGACCUUCGUUUAAAUGUAAAGCUAUUAGCCAGGGGUAAGACCUCUGGUCAAGAUCUUCAUCCUACCGAAAUGACCGUUAUAGAGGGAAACUUUCUGUUAAAGUCAGACGAACGAGCUGCUGUUGCUGCUGCAAGCGAUCCAACUGUUGCAGCUGCCGCUGCCGCUGCCGGUGAGGCUACAGUUGUGACAUCAGCAGUUGAUGCCUAUCCGGCGAAAGAACCAUUGUGUGUAGUUUGUUGA